AUGACUUCAGCUGUAACCAAUCGCCCUCGUGACUGCUUAGGCUGUAGGAUCGUUGGUGCAGCCGGUCUGAUAGGAAUUGGUGCUUAUCUUGCAAAUGUUGCAUGGAAAAACAAGACAUUUGCCGGCAGAGUUACAUUUUCAACAAUUUCUUUGGCUUUUGUGACCCUUGGAGUGCAAAGGUACAAGCAAGAAUUUCCAUUUGAAAAGAAAACUGAAAAUACAUAA